GGUUAGGUGUCUUGCUCAAGGACACUUCGACAUGCCCAGGGCGGGGUUUGAACCGGCAACCCUCCGACUGCCAGACAAUCGGUCUUACCUCCUGAGCUAUGUGGCGUAUACUAUCAGCUGCAUCAUUGUAAAACCUCUCCCUUUUCUCCUGGUGAAGAUAAGAUUGCUGAUCUGGGAUGUCAGUCUGAGAUACACCUGUACGUUUCCUUUACAUGCGAGUGUGUGCUGUACGUUUCCUUUACAUGCGAGUGUGUGCUGUACGUUUCCUUUACAUGCGAGUGUGUGCUGCACGUUUCCUUUACAUGCGAGUGUGUGCUGUACGUUUCCUUUACAUGCGAGUGUGUGCUGUACGUUUCCUUUACAUGCGAGUGUGUGCUGUACGUUUCCUUUACAUGCGAGUGUGUGCUGCACGUUUCCUUUACAUGCGAGUGUGUGCUGCACGUUUCCUUUACAUGCGAGUGUGUGCUGCACGUUUCCUUUACAUGCGAGUGUGUGCUGUACGUUUCCUUUACAUGCGAGUGUGUGCUGUACGUUUCCUUUACAUGCGAGUGUGUGCUGUACGUUUCCUUUACAUGCGAGUGUGUGCUGCACGUUUCCUUUACAUGCGAGUGUGUGCUGCACGUUUCCUUUACAUGCGAGUGUGUGCUGCACGUUUCCUUUACAUGCGAGUGUGUGCUGUACGUUUCCUUUACAUGCGAGUGUGUGCUGUACGUUUCCUUUACAUGUGAGUGUGUGCUGCACGUUUCCUUUACAUGCGAGUGUGUGCUGCACGUUUCGUUUACAUGCGAGUGUGUGCUGCACGUUUCCUUUACAUGCGAGUGUGUGCUGCACGUUUCCUUUACAUGUGAGUGUGUGUUAUGUGGUUCCAAAGGUCUUAACUGCUCACUUUGAGGAUGUCAACUGCCGAACUACAAACAGCGUGAGUCUGUGUCCCCGAUAGUAACCGCGAAGUUGCCAUGGUGACAGCGCUCUGCAGCAGGCUAUCUUGGAUUGAGCCUGAACUUCUGCUUUAGGAGCACCCCGAUCUCAAGCCUUUUACUGUGACCUUUAACCUCUGAACUUUGCCUGGAGGGACAGAGGUACAGCUCUGAAAAUGGGAUAUAGUCAGAGUUCUGAUAAUUUAUCUUCUGUCUAGCAGUGUCUGAUUGAAUUUGAUAUUAAUUUUUUUUUUGUGUGUAUUUUUUUUUUUUUUUUUGGAAAAAUGUAAAUGUACUUGAAAUCCCAGGCUGGAAAGAGCCAUUUACUUGAAGUGUGGUUUUGUGUGUAAAGCUUUCCCCUGGGUGUGCUUGCUGUGAUGAGCAGUGCUGGGAAUGAGCUUGUCUUGCUGAAGUUUAAACCCUAACGACACCUUACCACUAGGUGGCGAUAGAAGCACUUAUAGGCUACCCACCUGCUACCCUCCAGGCAGUUUAGUUCAGGGAGCUCCUGCUACAGUGUUCUGACAAGUACCUUCUGUGAUGUCACAAUCUGACUGGAAGACCUGGGCAGCAGCGUAGGGUUUAGGACGUAGGGGAUAGGGUUCAGGGGGUAGGGCGUAGGGAAUAGGGUUUUGGAUGUAGGGGGUAGCAUUCAUGGUUUAGUGUAAUGGAGGCAUUUGGCACCUGAAGCCCUGUCUCUAAGCACACAGCCAUGGGUCUGGCCACUGGACUGGCAUUUAUAAUUGUUUGUAAUAAACUGUAAAUUUUGCCUAAUCAUACGAGGAUGUGAACAGUUCAUUAAUGUGCAUCUACUAAGCCUGUGCAGUCUGUGAUAUUUCAGAGAGAACAGAAAUCAGAUGUUUCAUAACUAAAUAUAAUAUGCUGGCCAGUGAAGUUCUGUAUCUGCAGUAUUCUUUUUUCAGUUUUUAAAAAAUAAACAUUCCCUUUAUGUAA